AUGACUGCCAGCAACGUACGGAGUACAGUUCGUUUCCUCGAAGAGCCCGACGUCCUCGAGCUGGACGAGGACGCGCAAGACUCGGCACACGUCGAGUCCUUCCGGUUACUCGAUCUGCCUUCCGAGAUCCGUGUGCUCAUCUACCAUUUCGUACUCUUCACACCAACACGAAAGAGCGCCCUCCGAUCCAAUGGCUCGGUCGGAGCCUCUGCAAAGAAAAGCAAACCGCUCGCGCCCACCUCUCAACGGAUUGCCCUGUUCCUCGUGUCGCAUCUCGUCCACGAUGAAGCAACCCACUACUUCUACUCCAGCCAGACCUUCCGCCUCUUCCCCGUGCAGGACUUUGCUCGCAUGCCCAGUGUGCGGGCCUUACCGCGUCGCCACCGCCCCUCAAUCACAACCAUUGAGCUGAUCCUGGGGUCCAGCUGGACCGCACCGCCGCGGUCCUGGGCUGUGAAUGCCGGGCUGGGACUGCAGGAGAUGGAGAGGGUGCGCACGCUCAAGGUGUUUAUUCAGUGUGAUCCAUCGCACCCUGUUUUCGAGGGAUUCCGCAUUUCCAAGGACUUCUAUACCGAGUUUGCAGGGGCGUUGUUUCAGCAGAUUGUUGAGCGCCUGCCGGGUCUUGUGCAAGUGGAAUUCGAUGCGUAUCCUUCGGUUCAGAAAAGUGGCUCAUUGAUGAGCCGUUUGUUACAUGAUACUGAGACGGCGCAAAAAAAGAUUCUGUGGGGUCCGGAGCGAGGUUGGACAGACUAUGAUGACAAUAAUCAUGACGACAAAGAAGAGGAUGAUGGUACUGACGCUGCUUUUGACGGACUUCGGGCUGCUGAGCCAGACCCGAGUGACGCGGUUGUUCGUGAGACAGACGCCGUGGACGCACUUGGAACCUCGCUCCGGGCAGUCACUCUGGGAUCGUGA